AUGCACAUCCACCCCGAAGUCGUCCUCCUCGGAGGCCUCGGCCUCCUCCUGGGCGCCAGCGGCUCCCCGCUCCCCUCCCGCCCCUCCACUCCUCUCCCCGAGGACUCUGCCUCUACCCUGAGCUCCAACACCACUACCGGUAAUCCCCUCCCCGAUCUAACCAAUCUGUCCCUCGCCCCCCGUGAGAAAGACAGCAACGUGGAGAUUGUCUGCCACGAUCACGUCUUCACUCGCGACCACGUCAAAGCCGCCGUCAAGCAGGCCAAGCGCAUCCACGAGGCCAAGGAGGAGCACCCGGACGACUACGCCGAGUUCCCCAAGCCCCUGGACCGCCGCGCCAGCGAUCUGUUCAAGAAGCCCGACGAUUUGUUCCAAUUCCCGCUCGUGGCGGACGGCGUCUACGACGGCAAGGCCGAUGUGACCGGGCGCGAGUUCGUGAUCGUCGACAAGAACUUCAAGUGUAAGGGGGCGGUGCGGUAUUAUGAUGACAAUGGGGAGGAUAAGGGCCAUGCGGAUGCGUGCUAUGCACGCAAGCGGAAGGAUAAGGAUGGGAAGGACAAGGGCAAGGACAAGGGCAAGGAUAAGGGCAAGGGCAAGGGCAAGGACAAGGGCAAGGACAAGGAUAAGCGUAAGGGCGGUCGUGGCGGCGGUGGUCGUGGCAGUGGUCAUGCCAGUGGUGGCCAUGGUGCCGGUCGAACUGGUCAUAUCGCUGCUGGUGGUUCCCAUGGGGCCGACGAGGGGGAUUACGAUGUUUGCUGA